ACAUAAGUGUAAUGAAAGCCAUCAAGGUACAAUCUCAUAUACAUUUGUAUCACCAUUUACCGAAGGCUCUAAAACCCUAACCUUCGCAAAACCCUAUUCUUUCCGACCACUGCAAUGGCUUCGUCGCUAAUUCUCUUCCGCCGCGGCCUCAGAGUGCUCUCCGGCAUCCACAACUCCUUCUCAACUACUAUAACUUCGCUUUCGGUCCCAAUCAGCGGCUCCAUUUCAUCAUCAGCUUCGCGUUGGGAAUCGCCAAAUGUCGGCGAUCAAUCCCGUUCGUUCAGAUCAUCUUCGAUCUCUCUUUUGUCUGUUCGCUAUUCACAGCCACAGAAUAACAGCAUCGACGAGAUUGGUCCUGAUACGAUCCUCUUCGAAGGAUGCGACUACAACCACUGGCUCUUUGUCAUGGACUUUCCCAAAGAUAACAAGCCUCCUCAUGAAGAGAUGAUUCGUGUCUACGAAGAGACUUGUGCUAAGGGUCUCAACAUAAGUUUGGAAGAAGCGAAGAAAAAAAUAUAUGCCUGCAGCACAACCACUUAUACAGGUUUUCAAGCUGUCAUGACUGAAGAAGAGUCCAAGAAAUUCGAAGGUCUUCCCGGAGUCAUCUUUGUGCUGCCAGAUUCCUAUAUUGACCCUGUGAACAAGCAGUAUGGAGGAGAUCAGUACAUUGACGGAACAAUCAUCCCUCGACCUCCACCGGUACAAUUUGGGAGAAAUCAAGGAGGAAGACAAUAUAAUCGGCGAGAUAAUCAAAUGCCAAACUCUCCAGGGAAUCCCUCUUACAAUAAUCGAGGCCCCAUGCCAAGAGAUGACAGAAACUAUGGACCAUCACAAAACCAUCCACCCCAGCAGAACUAUGGCCAAGCAUCACAAAAUUCUCCACCCCGACAAAACUUUGGUCAGCCACCGCAGAGUUAUCCACCCCAACAGAACUAUGGUCAACCAUCACAGAAUUUUCCACCCCGACAGAACUAUGGUCAACCAUCACAGAGUUAUCCAUCACAACAGAGCAAUGAUCAAGCAUCGCAAGGUUAUCCACCCAAACAAAACUAUGGUCAAGCUCCACAAAACUACCCACCCCCACAUAACAUCAAUCAAGCACCACAGAAUCACCCCCAACCGGAAACCUAUGGUCCUGCCUCACCACAAUAUGCACCGCGGCAGAGCUUUGGACCAGGACAAGGAGAAAGAAGAAAUUUUGCCCCACAGCAGAACUUUGGACCACCGGGACAAGGAGAAAGACGAGGCCCUGUGCCUAGUGAAGGUGGAUGGGAUUUCAAACCAUCACCACCGGGACAAGGAGAAAGACGAGGCCCUGUGUCUAGUGAAGGUGGAUGGGAUUUCAAACCAUCACCACCGGGACAAGGAGAAAGACGAGGCCCUGUGUCUAGUGAAGGUGGAUGGGAUUUCAAACCAUCAUAUAUGGAAGAGUUUGAACAGGUUGAGAAGGGGAAUUAUCAUGCCAAAGAACAGACGGAGUCCCAACAAAGAUUUCCACCUCCUGGCCCGGGCAAUUUUACUGGAGAGGGAAGAUAUUGACAGUAGUCUGAGAUCUGCUGGGUGGCCGUUUUUGAAGUUACUAAUUGCAUUCUAAGUUGAUUGCAUGUCCUUGCUGACAUGGAUCAAAAUUUGAAUCUCUUGAGUUGUCAUUGUAUAUCUAUCUAUCCAUGUUCUGUUUUUUUCAUGACAAAGAUGGAUGUGGUAUGUAAAUCUCUUGAGCUGCCGCCUGGUUUUAUAUUAAAACAUGUUUGAACUGUUAAUUCUAUAUUGCUCUUUCCUCUCUCUGAAUUUGUGCUCUAAGUCGUAGCCAUAAGCUUAGUGCACCAGCCAUGUCUUCUCUCUAAAUCCUUAGAAACAAUGUCAUUAUCUUUCUGAAUUCCGAUAUGUACUAUUAUUAGAUGAUGGAGACAUUAGACUCAAUAUAUAUGCAAAACUUGUUGGUGAAA